CGGCGGCGCACCGGGGUCCAGCGCUCGGGGCUGCGCUGCGCUUGAGUCCCGCGGCCCGCGGCCCUUCUCCGCAUGGAUCCCGCAGAGCGCGCGCAGGCGGCGCGAGCUCGGGUGCCCAGGAUCGAUCCGUAUGGAUUCGAAAGGCCCGAAGACUUUGAUUAUGCGGCUUAUGAAGAAUUCUUUUCCACGUACCUGGUGAUACUCACCAAGAGGGCGAUCAAAUGGUCCAAACUUCUAAAGGGAAGCGGCGGUGUCCGCAAAAGCCUGACAGUGAAGCGCUAUGUCCGGAAGGGAAUCCCGCUGGAGCACCGGGCCCGUGUCUGGAUGGCUGUGAGUGGAGCCCAGGCCCAGAUGGACCAGAACCCUGGAUACUACCACCGACUGCUCGAGGGAGAGGGUAGCCCCAGCCUGGAGGAAGCCAUCAGGACAGACCUGAACCGGACAUUCCCUGACAACGUGAGGUUCCGGAAGACGGCGGAGCCUUGUCUUCAGAAGACCCUGUACAACGUGCUGCUGGCGUAUGGGCUACACAAUCAAGGUGUGGGGUACUGCCAGGGAAUGAAUUUCAUAGCAGGAUAUCUGAUCCUUAUCACCAAGAACGAAGAGGAAUCUUUUUGGCUUUUGGAUGCUCUUGUUGGAAGAAUACUGCCUGAUUACUAUAGCCCAGCAAUGCUGGGGCUGAAGACGGAUCAGGAGGUCCUGGCAGAGCUGGUGAGGAUGAAGCUCCCAGCGGUGGCAGCCCUGAUGGACGGUCAUGGUGUGCUGUGGACCCUGUUGGUGUCCCGCUGGUUCAUCUGCCUAUUUGUGGACAUCCUGCCUGUGGAGACUGUGCUGCGGAUCUGGGACUGUUUGUUCAAUGAAGGCUCCAAGAUCAUCUUCCGGGUUGCUCUGACCUUAAUUAAGCAACACCAGGAAUUCAUACUGGAAGCCAGCAGUGUUCCAGACAUCUGUGACAAAUUCAAGCAGAUCACCAAAGGGGACUUUGUGACCGAGUGUCACACGUUCAUGCAGAAAAUAUUUUCAGAACCAGGAAGCCUGUCCAUGACGACCAUCACCAGGCUCCGUGAGAGCUGCCGAGCUGCGCUGCUGACACAGGGCUGAGUGCAGCCGCACACCUCCCUGCCACCACUGCUGCAACUGCUUCCAGAGCAGACACUUCACCAAUUCCUGCCACCGUGCUCCUGUUGUAAAUACUUGAAACCACGACCCCUAAUGUGAACUUUCAAAAGCGGAUGAUUUAAAACCUUUUGCCUGUCUUUGGAGUCAUACAUUGAAUCAUCUGUCCAGUGAGAUGGCUCAGCAUACACCUACCAAGCCUGAUGACCUUAGUUGGGUUCUGGGUGGGACCCGUACAUGGAAGCAGAGAACACUCUUUCCUGUUGUUCUUUGAGACAUACG